AUGUCAGACAUAUUCCAUAAAAGUUGCUACACAUCCCGUAGUCCCGGCUACAAAUACCGAACUCUAUCCACGAACACAGGAGAAAAGAGUUCCAAGGACAGCAAAGAGGAAACGAACGUGUUCGAUAAGAAAUUCAAGGAAUUAAAAAAUGCUAUCACAUCCAGGAUCAACAAGGAAGUGGAAGAAACUCAAACAGCCCGAAAUAUCAUUCAAACUAAGUUUGAGAAGGUCGAUAAUAAGAUUAAUUCCAUGUUAGAUCUUCAGAAUACAGUGAUGGUGCUAAGAAAAGAUUUACAGGUCGCGGAAGAUGUCCUUAUUACAAUGGUGGACAGGGUGGAUAGAUUGGAUAUGAUAGUAGGAGACAGCGACGCCUGCAGUUUUCAGUCUAGAAAGAACUCGUUUGUUAAAGGUGUAUAUUAA